AUGGCCACCGAGCUUAACGUCCAGUCCGAGCGCGCUUUCCAGAAGCAGCCUCACAUCUUCUUGAACUCCAAGAGCCAGGCCAAGUCCAAGAAGGCUGGUCAGACUCGCCGGUGGUACAAGGAGGUCGGUCUUGGCUUCAAGACCCCCUUGACCGCCAUUGAGGGAAGCUACAUCGACAAGAAGUGCCCCUUCACUGGUCUCGUCUCCAUCCGUGGUCGUAUCCUCACUGGUCGUGUUGUCUCCACCAAGAUGCACCGUACCAUUUCCUCUGCUGAUACCCUUCUUGACAUCCCCAAAUACAACCGUUACGAGAAGCGCCACAAGAACCUGGCUGCUCACGUCUCCCCCGCUUUCCGUGUUGAGGAGGGUGACUGGGUCACUGUUGGCCAGUGCCGUCCCCUCUCCAAGACUGUCCGCUUCAACACUCUGCGUGUCCUGCCCCGCACUGGUAAGGCCGUCAAGUCUUUCGCCAAGUUCUAA